AGCCUCCGUCACUCGCGCAGACCGCACGCCUGUGCUCCCCACAACUUAAUCCUAACUUAAUCGUAACUUAAUUCGAAAAUAACAUUAAAAAAUAAACGUUUAAAGUGUGUCUAAGUCGACAGUGAUGUACAAAAGUGUGCUUUGUGUAUUCUAAGUGCGAGUUAAGUUAAAGUUUCGAGCUAAGUUAGCGAGUGCAAAACUUUUUGUUUUGAUUUUGUUUUUUUUUUCGUUUGAUUAUGGAAACGCAACAAUUGAACAGUGCGCAUUUAACGUUAACUUUUGAAAAUAACUGACCUAACCUAACGAUGUGUAAAAGUGACAGUGACAGUUCAAUAAUGUGACAGCUGUCAUUUGAAACCAAUAUGGCGUCGUUUGGUGUGUUUCGGUUCCUGGUGCUGCUGGCUGCGUUAGUGUGGAUCCUGGCUGAAGACAGGAAUGAGACACGGAGACCUUAUCCAUGGACCAAUGGCAGUUGGUUCAACAUGGGCCUCCUAGAAUUCGAGAAAUGGUCGAACCAGCCGGACCUUUUCAAAGAGAAGUCUCGGUUUUGCGCCAGACUCCGUGGCCUGACGCCGGGCCAGCGUCGAGUGUGCCGACGCCACAAAGACCAUAUGCCAGUAGUCAGUUCUGGAGUGAAGCAGGGAAUCUCUGAAUGCCAGUACCAAUUCCAAGGUAGAAGGUGGAACUGCACUGUGACGGAGGAUGAGACUGUUUUCGGACCCUUGACUUUGAUUGCAUCGAGAGAAACGGCUUUCACACACGCGAUCACGUCGGCCGGGGUGUCGCUCUCCGUGUCCCGGGCUUGCCGCGACGGGCGUCUGUCAAGUUGUAGUUGUAGCCGCGCCGCCAGGCCACGGAACCUACACUCCGAAUGGGUGUGGGGAGGAUGUGGCGACAACCUCGAGUAUGGCUACAAGUUUACAGAAGUGUUCGUGGACAUCAGAGAACGGGAGCGCAAAGUGAAGAGAGGCAGUCGGGAGCAGGGCAGGCAGCUUAUGAACAGGCAUAACAAUGAGGCUGGCAGGCGGGCGGUGAUAGCGAAGUCCCGUGUGACGUGCAAAUGUCACGGCGUCUCGGGCUCCUGCAGCCUCAUCACAUGCUGGCAACAGCUGCCCACCUUCAGGGAGAUUGGUGACUUUUUAAAGGACAAAUACGAAGGGGCGACAGAAGUGAAAGUGUCUAGAAGAGGCAAACUGAGGCUCAGCAACCCUCACUACACGCUGCCCACCGCACAGGACCUGGUCUACCUCGAGGAGUCACCCAACUACUGCGUCAAGAACGAGACACUGGGUUCGUACGGUACGACAGGCCGGCAGUGCAACAGAACGUCAUCAGGCAUGGACGGCUGUGCCCUCAUGUGCUGCGGUAGAGGCUACAACACACGGCGAGUCACCAUCAAAGAGCGAUGUGGAUGCAAAUUCCAUUGGUGCUGCCGCGUAGAAUGCAACACGUGUGUCAAAACCACCGAGUUAUACACUUGUAAAUAGGUUUAUCUGCAAGCUACUCACGCAUCUCUAAUCAACGAAUGUUUAAAAUUGGUUAAAAUGUGCGGCUUAAUCACAUAUUUUUUUUUAUUCAUUUAAAAGUCGUAUUCAACUAUGCAGCUCAUGAUUAUAAGCCCCGAAGAUUUUUAGAACUAGUUGAACGUUAUCAAACAGUUUCACUGCAAGCCGUGUAUUUUAAUCAAUCGAAUAUGCCUCACAAUAGCUCCUAUUUUGACUCAUUUUGAUACUACAAAAAUAAAUAAAAUUGUUGUGUCUAGAUCUCAAUAUUGAUGAUACGCGUCAAUAUUAUACCUAAUGGCGUUCCUAAUUGAAUCAGAAUCUCAAUUUCUUAUAUUAAAUUAUUUGUUGCAUAAUAAUUAUUCGAUAUUGUACUGCUCAGUAUUUAUUUAGAACUUGUUUAUUUUACCAUUUUAAUAUCGGCUAGAGAAUAGAUAUAAUAUUGUGAUAAAGCUUGAAGAGUACUUAAACUAGGUGUAAGUUUUGAAAUUCAUAAUAAUAAAGGAGCGACUGUCGUUGUUUUAAAAUACCUAGUUCUAUUCUGUUAGUUUAAGACGUAGGUAAUUAUUGUAAACCGUUAAAUACUCAUUAGUUAUUAAUUAUAUUAUCUAUUUCUAGCUUCUAUUUGUAAAUAAAGUAGUUUCUAAGUACGUCUCUGUUAAAUUAUUGCCAUUAUUCUGUAGAUCAACAAAUAAAAAUAAAAAAUUAAAAUGUG